AAAGAGAAAGCCCUGAGACCCAAGACUGUCUAUUCCUGUUCUCCCAAGAAACAAGGCUUACGUUCCGGCUUUGUCAUCUGUUCCCCAGUAUCUUUUGAACCUCGCAGUCUUUUUGAACCAAGUUGAUCAAGGGUGCCUGAAAAUACAAAUCUGCACAGAGAAGAGUGAUGGUGUCAGUCCUGUACUGAGGGAGGUGCUGCAGGCUGAACUGGACCCUGAAGAAUCAACACACAAGGAAGAUACAUAAAAGCAUUGGUCAGAGGCAACCCUCUAAGAAACUGGACUUCGUUAUCUGCUCUCAUGGUUUUGUGUUGAUAAGAAAAUUAGUGCAAGACAUGUCAUUCAAGUAUGUGAACAAUUAUGAGAUGUUGCCUUCAGCAGAUGUGACUAUCACAUGUGGAUCUUCUCUUUUUAGAAACACUGGUAAUGGAGCUCCUUGAAAGAAUUUGAAUAAGUUGUGAAAAUUUAUAGGUCUCCUCAAAAUCCAGUGGAUUCAAGCACUCCGAAAUUAUAUUUGUACCUCAGCAACAAGAACAGAUCCAUGUGGCUAUGGGCAAGUGUUUUUAGUGAAAGACACUUUCUAUAGAUUUCUUUGAAUUUCUUGUAAAAAAUGAUCAUUAAAAGUAAUACUCAGUAGCUAAAGAGGUUCUUUCUUCAAGAUCAUAAAAUCCUGUUUUGGAGGAGUAAUAUAAAGGAUUCAUGGGACAGAAAGUGAGACUUGACUAAGGUGACAGAAGGUGUGGCAGCAAAACUAUGAAAAGAAUGGUGGAAUGCAGGAGCCUGUUACAAAUACCUACGUCUUAAGAAAACAGUCCUGUGUGUACUGCAAGCUCAGUGUCUCAUGGAGAAUUUGGGUUAAGAAUGUGUGCAUGCUACAAACACUGUAUCUUUGGAUAUGUGGUGACUUGGAAUCUUUUAACUGUGAUGUAUCUUACAGAACGAGAAGGGAGAAAUUAAAAUACCUGAUUAUUAAAGUGAAGAAUCUAGAUGUGAACCUUUGGUAAACAAGUCAGCUCUAACUUCUGCAGGAGUCCCAGCAUCACAGGGUACCACAUGUCAGAAACACUGCAAGGUCCCGCAGCUCCAGUCCAAACUCCGAUGAAGUAUGAAGCACAGAGACCAGUGAAGAGAGGACUUACAAAGUACAUAACCUGUCUGAAGGAUUUUAUGAAUGAUCCCAAAAGAGAAGAACCUCUAGUUGGUUUAGAACAUGUGGUUGAAAUCAGAUUUGAAGGAAGAAAAGAACCGCGUUAUGAGUGCAAGCUGUGUGAGCUUAAUACAGAGAUGGCACCCAUGAUAGAACAUCUUAGUGGAUAUAAACACAGAAGAGCAUACAUUACUAAGGAAUUUCCAGAUAAAAUGAAGAGAAAGACAACAGAUGUAAAAGAAUGCAAAAUCUCAUUUCUCAAACGGAUAGCAGGAGAGCUAGAGAAGACUGAAGGAUUAAAAAUGUAUCAGAUUGAAGGUUACAUAAGACCAAGUACCUCACCCCCAUCAAAGAAGAAAGCAAGGUGGGAAGAUGAUUAUAAGCAUGAGAAUGAUCCUUUUCGGAAACAAAAAGCCCUAGAGUUCUUGCAGGAGACUUUUCACAUCACCUCAGACUCAGAAGCAACACUUGUUGUUCGCAUCACACAGGAACUCACAGAGGCUUUGAAGGCCUUUUGUGAAAAGAAAGCAGCAGUUAAUUAUGCUAAUAGUCUGAGGCCACUGAUGUCAAUAUCUCAAGAUGAAUUUCCAGGAAAGAAAAGCAUCCCAAAACACUAUAAGCCAUAUGGAAAAUACAAAGGAAGUUCUAACUGGAAUCAAGGUUUUUUGUCUCAGUAUGAAGAGUACUCUGCAGAUGCUUCUUUUGCUCCUGCUCACUUAUACAGUUACCAAACAGAUGAUGGAUCAUCUUCCUGUCAUAUGACAUCUAAUGACAUUGCCAUGAUGUCUGCACUCAGGGACUCUUCUGCUCUUCAGACUGGAAGUCCUGCCAGUGGUGUCAGUGAAUGGCUGGGACAGUUCAGCCGAUCUGCAUCUGGCAGUAAUUCAGCUGGUGGGGCCUCUUCCUAUGAGACGAGCCCAGUGAGGGAGUACUCAGCAGAAUAUUUGUCCAGAGACGUGCAAGGAAGUGAACUCCGUGAUAACAGGCUCUCAUAUGGCAGGGAAAAUACAAAAUGGAGGAAUCAACAAGCGUGUACAAAAGCAUGGACUGUAAGUGAUCAAGGAUUAUCCUAUCCCAGUUCUACAGCCUCGUAUCCUUCAUCUGGGAGAUACUCCACAAAUGAUCCAUUACAAAGGUAUUCCUCUUACAAGAAUGAUGAGUCUGUGAAUACUUGUACAUCUUCUGCAAGUUCUGCUGUUUCAGGAAGAGGUGUCUCCAGGUGGCACCAGGACACCAGGUGGAAUGAGCGGAAUGAGGACUCUAGGUGGAACCAGAGCUUUAGCUGGAACCAGGAGUCUAGCUGGAAUCGGGAAUCUAGUUGUCAAGGAUUCAGGCAUCAGAAAGCAGGCUACAAGAGUGACUGGACUUCACAUCAGGACUCAUUUUCUGGCAGUGGUUCACACAGAGAUUACCAGCAGUUCAGAAGCUCAGAUAGGAUGUUUGACGAAGAUGAUGUUGGUCUUGCUUCCAACACUGUGAACAGACUACAAGGAAAGGAUAUACCUACAAUGACCAGGAUGCUCAAACAGUUGGCUCCGUAUUAUCCAGUACUUCAAAAACUAAAUAUUCAGACAUUAGUCAACGUGCUAGUAGAAACUAGAGGAAAAGACUGAGGAGCAACAACAGCUUAACUGGAAACAGAUGAAGAGAUUCAAGAGUCUCCAUCUCUUGCCUUUCAGGAAAGAGCCUGCAUUUAAUUCUGCAUUUAACUGGUUUUGGAAGGGUAAAGGGAGGUAGGGUUUAAUUUUUUAACCUGUAAAAUAUAGCUGGAACACAAACUUGCACAUAACGGAUGAACAUACUAUUUUGUUUAGGCUUUUUGUAAUGUAUUUGUUACAUCUUAGUAUAUUACAGAAAAAAUCUUUUGUUAUUUUUUGAAAAUAUGUUAAAGUUAUUCCAUCAGCAGAAAGACCUUUUAAACCUUUUAACACCCUUCCCAAUUCAGAAAAAAAGAAAAAAGAAGUUUUAUGUUACCUCCUUGAGAAGAAUAUUAAAAAAUACUGGUUUACUUUUCUUCACACAAACGUAAGGCCAAUUCUAUUAAUUGGAGGCUUUAUAAUUGGCAUAUUUUUAGAAAGUGAUACACUGCAUUUCUGUUUAGACAAGGAAAGAAUGUCACAGCAAAGCAAUCUGUCCUAAUGUGAUGCCAUAUGAGGAAAAUGUUAUCUAUUCUAGAACUGGUAGGUAAUAUGGCCUAUUACUUUCAUUUUUGCAUAGUAUAAAGAGGUUUGAAAUAUAUGCAGAUUUUAUUAUAUUGUUCAGAAUGAAAUUGCUAUAAAUUUACUUAAAAACUCAUUUGAUGGAUUGACCCGUCCUAAAAAUAAAAAAUCUUGAUUCUUUCUACUGGCAAAAGCUUAUCAAGAAAUAGUAGAAUCCAUAAGGCACUCAGAUAAAAUAACAGGAAAAAAAAUAAUCAAAAUGUCAUACUAACUGAGGAAUACUUACCAGUUCAUGAUGUUUAUCAGUGGUCUGUGUUUUUUUUUUCUUUUCCCCACACUUCUGGGCCGCAUGCUGAUAAAUUCCUGGCUUUGGAUGUCUGCUUUAUGUAAUUAAAACCACCUUACAUGGAGCUGACAUAAAGUAAAGUGAGACAGUUUA